CCGCACAAACUUGUCUCCAAAACAUUUUUCCACCAGAAAUACAAAGUCUCUGAUGGAAGCAACUGGUUGGAUCAGCAGGGAAGGGGAAGGCAAAGGGCGUUCCCGCAGCUGCUGGAUCCACCUGGUCCCACCCCGAUCCCCCCACAAUCCAAGCAACAAGACAGCCCUGGAUCCCAGGCUGGGACCAGCUCAGAGAGCAGCUGAGGAAGCUUGAUUCUCUCCAGCCCAAGGAUGGACAAAGAGAUGAGCAGUGUUCGCAAGAUGAACAAUCCCGGGACUGGGGUCUGCUCCCUGGCCCUGCCCUCGGAUUUGCAACUGGACCUGAAGAACAAGGAGGCUCUGGAGGCGGAGCGGGAGCGGCUGAAGGUGGCCCGGGUGCAGGAGCAGGUCCGGGCCAGGAUGCUCCAGCUGGGCCAACCUUCCAGGAUCAAUGGCUCCCUGGCCAGCCCCCCGACGGACUCUGCAGCCAGCACAGGCCCAGAUGCCUCCAAAGGUGCCCCCAAGUGUCAGUACCACCCAGCGCAGCCUGGGGCCGGCUUCAGCUCCCGCUCCCAGGGCAUGAGCAUGGACAAGGCAUCGACUUUCCGGCCCAUCUCCAAGCCGGCAUAUGGGACACCGGCCUGGUCCUCCCGCUCGGCCGUGGAUCUGAGCUGUGGCCGGAGGCUGAGCUCAGCGCACAAUGGGUCCGCGGGCUACGUGGGGGCCCAGCCUGCAGUCCCCAUGGCCCCGCGGCCUGUCUCCUAUCACGACCGCGGGGGCCCUGGCCCUAGGACUGACUAUGACACUCUGAGCCUGCGUUCUCUGCGCCUGGUGGGGGGGUCCCAUGGGGGCCUGGACGACCGCUACAGCGUCGUGUCUGAGCAGCUGGAACCUCCAGGGGGGCCUUCCUACAGGACCUUCGGCUACGAGCGACAGGCCAGCUCAGCCUCCAGCCGUGCAGGGGGCCUGGACUGGUCCGAGGCCGCAGACGGGGCCCCCGGACGGACCAUCCGGGCCCCUGCUAUGCGGACUCUGCAGCGGUUCCAGAGCAGCCACCGCAGCCGGGGCACGGCCUCCAUGGGAACUGGCGGAGGCUUGGAGCAUGUGGCCCGGGCCCCCUCGGUCCGUAGCCUCAGCCUUAGUCUGGCCGACUCCGGACACCUGCCUGACGUGCGGGGACUGGACUGCUACGGGGGUCACCGCACUCUGCAACGGCUCAGCAGUGGCUUUGAUGACAUCGAUCUUCCCUCAGCUGUGAAGUACCUCAUGGCCUCAGACCCCAACCUGCAGGUGCUAGGGGCUGCCUACAUCCAGCACAAGUGUUACAGCGACGCCGCUGCCAAGAAACAGGCCCGCAGUCUCCAGGCCGUGCCCAAACUGGUGAAACUCUUCAACCACGCCAACCAGGAGGUUCAGAGGCACGCCACGGGGGCCAUGCGGAACCUCAUUUACGACAAUGCCGACAACAAGCUGGCCCUGGUAGAGGAGAACGGCAUCUUUGAGCUGCUGAGGACUCUGCGCGAACAAGAUGACGAGCUGCGCAAGAACGUCACGGGAAUUCUGUGGAACCUGUCAUCCAGUGACCACCUGAAGGACCGCCUGGCCCGAGACACCCUGGAGCAGCUGACAGACCUGGUGCUGAGCCCGCUCUCGGGCUCCGGGGGGCCCCCCCUCAUCCAGCAGAAUGCCUCUGAGGCCGAGAUCUUCUACAACGCCACGGGUUUCCUCAGGAACCUGAGCUCAGCCUCACAAGCCACACGGCAGAGGAUGCGAGAGUGCCACGGCCUGGUGGACGCCCUCGUCACCUACAUCCACCACGCCCUGGACGUGGGCAAGUGUGAGGACAAGAGCGUGGAGAAUGCCGUGUGUGUGCUCAGGAACCUCUCCUACCGCCUGUAUGACGAGAUGCCGCCCUCGGCGCUGCAGAGGCUGGAGGGCCGAGGCCGCGGGGAAGCCGGGGCUGGGAGACCGGGGGAAGUGGUGGGCUGCUUCACGCCCCAGAGCAGGAAGCUCCGAGAGCUGCCCCUGGCCACGGAUACGCUGACCUUUGCGGAGGUCUCCAAGGAUCCCAAGGGGCUCGAGUGGCUUUGGAGUCCCCAGAUUGUGGGGCUCUACAACCGGCUCCUCCAGCGGUGUGAGCUGAACAGACACACGACAGAAGCCGCUGCUGGCGCCCUUCAGAACAUCACCGCUGGUGACCGAAGGUGGGCGGGUGUGCUGAGCCGCCUAGCCUUGGAGCAGGAACGCAUUCUGAACCCCUUGUUGGACCGAGUCCGGACCGCUGACCAUCACCAGCUGCGCUCACUCACUGGGCUCAUCCGGAACUUGUCUCGGAAUGCCCGCAACAAGGAUGAGAUGUCCACCAAGGUGGUCAGCCAUCUGAUUGAGAAGCUGCCGGGGAGCGUUGGGGAAAAGCCCCCUCCGGCCGACGUGCUGGUCAACAUCAUCGCGGUGCUGAACAACCUGGUGGUGGCCAGCCCCAUCGCCGCCCGGGACCUGCUCUACUUCGACGGCCUCCGCAAGCUCGUCUUCAUCAAGAAGAAGCGGGACGGGCCUGAUAGUGAGAAGUCCUCCCGGGCGGCCUCCAGCCUUUUGGCCAACAUGUGGCAGUACAGCAAGCUCCACCGGGAUUUCCGGGCGAAAGGCUAUCGGAAGGAGGACUUCCUGGGUCCGUAAACAGUCGGAAGAGGAGGACGUGUAUGGGCAGGGGGGCGAGUUAACCCCCCUCUGCCGCUGCAUGGGACAACGUUGGCGCUGUUCUGCCCUCGCCUCUUGGCUCCCAGUCCCGCGUCCCUGAACCUGCCCCGGUCCGGUCUCUCGACCCCCGCCGCUGUUUCGGGAGGGACACUGAAGCUUACGGGUGGGCAGGAAUGGCAGGCACUAAGAACAGGUCCAGGACUCGGGGAACUCUGGGGCUUUGCGGGGAGCCUGGCUAUCAAGAUGGGGUCAAAGCCCCUGGCUUGCGGGUGCGGGGAUGCUUGGGGAUCCUUUGGUAUUUUAGGGGGCCUCCGGUCUGGGUUGGCCACCACUGCUGUGGCUCCCAAGUCUCCCACUGAUGUUUGGUGAAGGGAGGAGCUGAGCCCAGCCAGACUUGCCCAUAGUCACCGCCGCAGAUUAGGGCCGGGGGCCUGCCUGGGAUGGGCUGGGACAAUAAAGAAGCACUGGUCUGGU